AGGGGAGCCGGGACACCGAAGGAAGAGGCCGGAGGGAGAUCGCGGAGGGGAGGGGGCGGGAGGGGGGUGGGGUAUCCUGAGUCGCCCGUGGUCCGGAGUCUGGAAGGCCCUGGAGCGGCGCCAGUCCACCGGCCUCGCCACAACUUGCCCAGACCAGACACGUUUCAUCCUGCGCCCUGCAAGAAGGAGCCGGCCUGCCUCUCUCCGCUUUGCUGCUCCUCGGCCUCCGCGGGCCUGGCCCGCGUCAGCAGCGACCCUGGGGUCUGGGUCCCCUGUGUCGCCCCCGCCCGCCUGCAGCGCCCGGCACCCGCCCAGGAGCGCACAGCUGGGGUGCUAGGGAUAUAUACUUGAGCAAGAGAGACCACAGCUCUUGUUCCCGCUCAUCCUGCAGCCCAGUGGAUGGAGUCCAGAGUCUACAGACCUGCCAGGAAAGAAAAAAAUAUUCCUGAUGUCUGGUCCAAGCAGGAAUUCCCCGGUGGAUUGGGGAAUGUCCGGCUUUUCCUCAGCUUAUUGAUCUCUGUGGUAACCACUGGAGGCCCCCAGAAGACCCAUAGAAAUGAGAGGCCUGAGGUCUACAAGUUGCUGCUAGAAAUAUUUUAGCCUCUCCAAAACCCAGAAUGCAGCCCCGACCCAAGUUUGUAAGGGUUCUGGGUGCACGCUGACUGCGUGCGGAUGGACGCGCUGUUUGCUCCAGGUCCGGACCCGGGCGCUGCCAUAGCAACGUCCUGCACGCCCAGACUUUAGGCCGCCGCCGCCGCGGGAGCAAGGAACCUGGCCUUCUCCCGCUCCUGAGGGCUGCGGCCCGGGAGGCGGCCCAGGCUGGGUAGAGACCGCCCGGCUCCUCCUAUGCAAGCUGAGGCAGCGGAUUGGCUUUCAAGCAUGGUAAGAGGCGGGAGGCCGGGGCGCCCCCCACGGGGACGCCGGGCUGGGGAGAACUGCGGCUUCCCCGGACCCCCAACUCUCCAGCCUGCCCACCCCCCAUCCCCGCCUCCCGCCGCGCUCUCUUUGUGCCCCCCGCAGCCCUUCCAGAAGCAUGUCUACUACCCGCUCGCCAGCGGCCCAGAGGGGCCCGACGUCGCUGUGGCCGCCGCCGCCGCGGGCGCAGCCUCCAUGGCCUGUGCGCCCCCCAGCGCGGCUUCGGGGCCCCUGCCCUUCUUCCAGUUCAGGCCGCGGCUGGAGAGUGUGGACUGGCGGCGGCUGAGCGCCAUCGAUGUGGACAAGGUGGCGGGGGCCGUGGACGUGCUGACGCUGCAGGAGAACAUCAUGAACAUCACCUUCUGCAAGCUGGAAGACGAGAAGUGCCCACACUGCCAGUCGGGGGUGGACCCGGUGCUGCUGAAGCUCAUCCGUCUGGCGCAGUUCACCAUCGAGUACUUGCUGCACUCACAAGAGUUCCUCACCUCGCAGCUGCACACCCUGGAGGAGCGGCUGCGCCUGAGCCACUGCGACGGCGAGCAGAGCAAGAAGCUGCUCACCAAGCAGGCGGGGGAGAUCAAGACGCUCAAGGAAGAGUGCAAACGCAGGAAGAAGAUGAUCUCCACCCAGCAGCUGAUGAUCGAGGCCAAAGCCAACCAGUGCCAUUUUUGUGACAAGGCCUUUAUGAACCAAGCUUUUCUACAAAGUCACAUUCAACGCCGCCAUGCUGAAGAAAAUUCUCGUUUUGAGUAUCAGAAAAAUGCACAGACUGAGAAGCUCCGGAGUGAGAUCGUUGUAUUGAAGGAAGAGCUGCAGCUCACCAGGUCUGAGCUAGAGGCUGCACACCAUGCCAGUGCGGUCAGAUUCUCCAAGGAACACGAAAUGCAGAAAACAAAAGAGGAAGGCUUUUUGAAGUUAUUUGAUAGGUGGAAAGAAGAGGAAAAGGAGAAACUAGUUGAUGAAAUGGAAAAAGUCAAGGAGAUGUUUAUGAAGGAAUUUAAAGAAUUAACUUCAAAGAAUUCAGCAUUAGAAUAUCAACUGUCAGAAAUCCAGAAGUCCAACAUGCAGAUCAAGUCCAACAUAGGCACAUUAAAAGAUGCACAUGAGCUUAAAGAAGACCGUUCUCCAUAUCCCCGGGAUUUCCAUAAUGUCAUGCAGCUUCUUGAUAGUCAGGAAAGCAAAUGGACAGCUCGAGUUCAAGCUAUUCAUCAAGAACACAAGAAAGAGAAGGAUCGGCUCCUGUCACAUAUAGAGAAACUUCGAACCUCAAUGAUAGAUGAUCUAAAUGCAAGCAAUGUUUUCUACAAGAAAAGGAUAGAGGAGCUAGGGCAGAGACUCCAGGAGCAGAACGAGCUGAUUAUAACUCAGAGACAGCAGAUUAAAGACUUUACCUGUAAUCUAUUAAACAGUGUCAGUGAACCCAAAGGAAAUCCUUUAGCCUGGCAGGCUUUUGAAUCUCAGCCAGCUGCUCCAGCUGUGCCUAUGAAUGCCCCAGCCCUGCACACUUGGGAAACUAAAUCAAGUCUGCCAAUGGUGCAUGAACAGGCGUUCUCGUCGCACAUACUGGAACCAAUAGAAGAACUUUCAGAGGAAGAAAAAGGAAGAGAAAAUGAACAGAAAUUAAAUAACAACAAAAUGCAUUUAAGGAAAGCCUUGAAGAGUAACUCCUCCCUCAUUAAGGGACUAAGAACAAUGGUGGAGCAGAACUUGAUGGAGAAACUGGAAACCUUGGGGAUUAAUGCAGAUAUACAUGGCAUUUCAAGUGAUCAAUUGCAUAGAGUACUAAAAAGUGUGGAAUCACAAAGACAUAAGCAAGAAAGAGAAAUACCUAACUUUCAUCAAAUUAGAGAAUUCCUUGAACAUCAAGUCAGCUGUAAAAUUGAGGAGAAAGCACUACUCUCCUCAGAUAAGUGCAGUGUUUCUCAAAUGGAUACCCUUUCAACUGGAGAAGUACCUAAAAUGAUACAACUUCCUUCCAAAAACAGACAACUGAUUAGACAAAAAGCUGUUUCUACUGAUAGGACAUCUGUUCCAAAAAUUAAGAAAAAUAUGAUGGAAGAUCCUUUUCCCAGAAAGUCUUCAACUAUUACGACCCCUCCGUUUAGUUCAGAGGAGGAGCAGGAAGACGACGACCUCAUCCGGGCAUACGCAUCCCCAGGCCCACUUCCUGUCCCGCCAUCGCAAAACAAGGGCAGCUUCGGGAAGAACACAGUGAAAAGUGACGCGGACGGGACCGAGGGAAGCGAAAUCGAGGACACUGAUGAUUCUCCCAAGCCUGCAGGAGCCGCCAUUAAAACACCUACUGAAAAAGUUGAAAAGAUGUUUCCACAUCGCAAAAAUGUGAAUAAACCAGUCAGUGGAACUAAUGUUCCUGAGAUGUUUAUCAAAAAAGAAGAAUUACAAGAACUAAAGCAUGCGGAUGUGGAGGAUGAAGACUGGGACGUAUCAUCCCUAGAGGAAGAGAUAUCUUUGGGAAAAAAAUCCGGGAAAGAACAGAAGGAACCUCCACCUGUGAAAAAUGAACCACAUUUUGCUCAUGUGCUAAAUGCCUGGGGCACAUUUAAUCCUAAGGGGCCAAAGAGAGAAGGACUUCAAGAAAAUGAAUCAAGCACAUUAAAAAGCAGCUUAGUAACUGUGACUGAUUGGAGUGACACUUCAGAUGUCUAAUUCCACAUGUCGGAAGAUUCUUCCAGAAGCCAGCAGUAUUUCAGUAUCACAGUGUUUCAGUAACUUGCCUCCAUGAUUCCAGUGCUUCUGCCUUACCAUGUUUCCCACAGCAACACAGAGACUGAUUCAAAGAACAGUGGUCUCUGUAAUGGCACCUAAUACAGUAUUGAAAAUCAGAUCAUCAACAGUACUUCGAAGCAUAUAAAGAUGUUUAAGACUUCUGCUGCUGCUUAAAAAUAACAUGUCAUUGAAGUCAUAAAAAGUUUCUUCUUCAGAACGGUACUCUAGUGUUAAGUUUUUUUUUUCAACUAAUUUUUAAGUGAAUUUUUUUUAAACUUACAGCAUGUUUUGGUUUGAAUUAUUAAAACUUUAAAAAAUAUUUUUCUUAUAUGUAUGCUGUCAUAUCGUAGGUGUUUAUAUUAUAAAAUUCUGUUAGUAGUCUUAAAAUUGAAUUGGUGGAACCACUAAUCCCUAAAAGUUAAUCUGGUUAUUUUUCAUAUAGAAGUAAGUUUAAUCUGAGUGUGGUGGUGUUCACCUUUAAUCUCAGCUACUUGGGAGGCUGAGGUGGGAGGAUCGCUUGAGCACAGGAGUUCAAGACCAGCGUGGGCAAUAUAGCAAGACUCCACCCCUCCACACCCCAAAAAAGUAAGUUUAGAAUUAGAAUAUAGCUAAGUCCAAUGUUAAAUACAUUUUCCUGAAGUACAUUUGUCACAUUCAGCUUUGAGCCACUGUAAGCAUGUUACUAUUAAAUGGUUGGUUAUUUUAUAUAGCAUAUUCUUUAUCUUGGAUAUUUUAUGAAUAAAGUGUAGUUAUUUUAAGUGCCAAUUAAUUUAUCAGACUAAAUAGAAAAUAUUUGAGUCAUUACUGAAUUCACUUUUUUUUUUUUUUUUUACUAUUUAAAAUACCCAACAUGUAUUAUGAAAUACCUCAAAAGUAAUUUAGUUACAUUCUUAAACAAUGACAUUGUUGAAAGAAAGUUCAUAUAAGCUGUUUUUUGCUUCAUUUUUAUAACUUGGUGGUACUAUAUUCUGUUUCCAAGUAACCUUUUAACUAAAAGAUUUGUUGGGUUUUAGAUCUCUUUUCAUUUGUCAACCUUUUCAGUAAAGCCCUCUGUUACAUCACUGUGACUGCGGCUGUGUUAUUAGAGAUGAAUUCUGAGUUAAAUUUAUACUUAUUAGGGGUCUUAGAGAGGGAGAAUCUGGCCUUGAUUGCUAUGCCAUAUGACAUUCUGUCCUAAUGGUUAGAACAAAUCUUUAUCUGUUUCCACCAACCCUGGGAUCCUUUUUACUUGUAGCCCAUUCCUGCUCUCUAAAAGAAUCCUUCCAGCUUCCUAUAGGGGCCAUUUCAUGCAGAUACACUCACUUUAUAUGUAUGUUUCUAAAAGCUUUAGUGAAGGCUGAAUCCAAGUUUCAUGUAGUAGGACAGAGAACGGAAGGCUGAAUCCAAGUUUCAUGUAGUAGGACAGGGAACGGCAAUCUACAAAAAUACACCAUGCCUAAGAUGGCCCAUGUACCACUUUGUUCAUUCGGUUAUUUAUUCAACAUAUUUAUUGAACCACUUGGUCUGGUUUGAACAUGCGCUAAUUCAUUUAAUUACAAUUUUGCAAUGUAGCUAUUGUUAUAAUCCUCAUCCUAAAUGUGUGAGAAACAGAGUUAUUAAGUAACUUGCCAGAAGCCGUACAAGUACAAAGUGUCAAGGGGAGACUUUAAGACAAAUUUGUUUGUUUGAAAUGCACACCCACACAACCCUGUCCCGCACUGGCCUGUAGGACCUAAUCUACCUUUAUGUCUUUCAGUUAAUUUGUAUUUCUGCAAAAGAUAUUUCAAGGAUUAUCAAGGUAUGGAAUUUUUUAUUUUUUAUUUUUUAACAAACUUGUUCAUUUCCUUUUCUUUCCAUUGAGCACCUCUGAACAAUGUGAUUUUUUUUUAAGUCUUUCACACUUCAGGAAAAUACUACAUUCACCCAUGUUGUGAUUCAUAUUGGACAGUUUCUUACUCAAAGAUAACACAAAUACCAAUUCUUAUUCCUACUUUGAAACUAUAUUUUACCUUAGACUGCCUUGGUUCAAAGGCCUAGUUUUGACGUUACUGUGGCAAAUUAUUUAAGCUCUCUGCUUUCAUUUCGUUUUCUGUAAAUGCAGGAUGAAAACAGUAUGUAUCUCCUAGGAUGGCUGUGAGGAGUGAGUGAGACAGGACAUGAAAGGCGUGUAUUAACUGUGAUAACUGUUGCCCUUGUGGGCAUGUUAUAUAGGGCUGGCUGUAGGAAGAAGCCUGUGUCUUUGUUCAGAAAUCCCUGGAGCAACUUAAAUGUCUUUACAAAUGACAAGUCUCUCAGUUAUCCAGUUAGUUCCGUAAACAGGUUCUGGAAGACACACCCAGAUAGAACUCAGCCCGGCAGUUCUGCAUGAGGCACGUACCACUUUGGCUUGGGAUGUCCUUAACCCAUUUAUGCCUGAGUUUGCAAUAUUUUGAAUUUUUCCAAUCAGACCUUGGUGAUGACCUUGAGCAGUAGGAUAUAAAUAACUCCCACAUGCUUAGCGUUCCAAUAAUGGAACACUAUGCAUAAACAGGUUUUAAUUGACUCCACAGUCAACCAUGACCAAUAUCUCCACCUCAGCUUCUGCUGAUGCCCUAGCUCAGGGCUCUGCAUUCCAUGCCAGGGGAUGCCUCAGCCCCUUAACAUGGAUGUGCCACAUGACAGGCAAUAAUAUAUUGGCCCCAUUAGCCCUUCCUGGAGCAGUCAUAAUGAAUUACAGUCAUGACAGACACAUGUAAGAAACCAAAAUUUGCUAAAUAUUUACAUGAGUCUUCAUCACAGCAUCAUUUAUGAAAGCAACUAAAUAUUCACUAAUGGUGCCAGUGGAAUAAGUCAGAGAACAUCCCCCUGCUACAUAACUCUGCAUACAUCAAGGAGAAUGCUGUGGCUUUGCUUUUUCAACAGUCUACUGAGCGGCCAUGGGCAUGUGGAUAUGGCCAUGAAUGAGCAAGAUCCUCUCUGAUCCUGUAGAAGUUAAGUUCUACCACAUAACUUGCUGCUUCAACAAGAAUAUUUAUUUAGCUUUUUAAAUAAAUGUUGUAGAAUACUAAAAAAAAAAAAAAAAAAAAAAAACAAAAA